AUGAAUGUAUCAAUUCAAAAUCCGUACAAUGUGCUUGCAGGAUAUACUUCCAUAGGUCAUAUGCAUGAUUCGUCUAGACAUCAAACAUGUUUAGGAAUAGGAGCAGUGUUCCAUCCAAAUCCGCUGGUCGUAUUUGUGUUGAUUAAAGUGAUACCUGAGUUCCGCCUCACAUCAUUCAUCGACUAUCAACAGCUAAAGUACAAAGCGGUCGAACCGGUGGACGAAAAUUGCGACUCUUCGUAUUGGUUUCUAGGCAGACAUCCGACGUAUGGAAGCAAUUAUUUUUACGAGUACUUAUUAAUGAACCAGAUCCCAUGUCCGUACGUGCAUUGCCAUCAUCACAACUCCACGACGUGUCCGAUCAAUAAAAAGAUAAUGAAUAAUUGCUUAUCCGCCACAGUUGUGUGUAAUAAUCAUCUGAUGAGUUUUGCCGAGUUUGGACAUGAAAACGGCCGAUCUGUUCGUUAUCACAAAAUUACAAACGAGGUUAUUACGUGGUUAAAACAAUACGUGUAGUCUGUUUUCAGUAUGUGCAUCGAAAAGUAUAAAGGAACAAUGAAUGUUAUUUGAAUAGUUAAAUUAUUUAAAUAUACACUUAAAUUGACAAUUUAUUUUUUUACACUUUUUUUUCUAACGUGACAAUCGAAAUUGGUAGAAUAUUGUAAUAUUUUUAGUGAAACAAUUUAGCCUUACGGCUUUAUACCUAUAUAAUGCUUACCAGGCUUUACCUGUAUAAUGAGUACCGUGGAAAUAUUAUUUUUAUUUGCACAUUUAUA